GCGUCUCCUUGGCAACGCACGCGGCUGUUUCCGGAGGCGGUGGCCGAGGUGGGCGGGGCCAGGCCGGAACUGCAGGAACACCAUUUGGAAACUCCAGCGCCUGCAAGACCCUUGGGCAGCUGGGGCUGGAAGCAGCGGAACCAAAGGCGCACGUUCCUUGGUUGUGGGCGGGACACAGACCCGAGCUGUCCGUCUUUUCAAGUUUCCCCCCGGGGCUGGGACGAAGGCGUGCAACCAGUUCAGGUUCCCCGUAGUGGUCACCGGUGGCCCGGGCUAGAGGCCACCUGAGGAAUCUUCGUUCUUCAGAUUUGUUGACCUACAGAAUGCUUCGCUAUCCAUACUUUCAUAGAACCUAUAAAGAAUGUCUUUCAUGUUGGUUGGAAGCUGGCAUAUUUAAUUUAGGUGUUAAAAGGAUACAUGCUACAUCAGAAAGAUAUGAUGAAUAUGAAUCCCAGGAGCAAACAGAUCAAGCUGGAGCUCAUGAGUUUCACAGAUCUCAAGACAGAGAUUCUGAAGCUAUGAGUAAACUACAUAUUCCAGUAAUGGUGGAUGAAGUUGUUCGUUGUUUGGCACCACAAAAAGGGCAGACUUUUCUAGAUAUGACAUUUGGUUCAGGAGGACACACAAGAGCCAUUCUGCAGAAAGAGCCAGAUAUUACUCUGUAUGCUUUGGACAGAGACCCGACAGCUUAUGCAAUAGCUGAACAACUUUCAGAAUUGUAUCCUAAACAGAUCCGAGCUAUGCUAGGCCAGUUCAGCCAGGCCGAAGGCUUAUUAAUGAAAGCUGGAGUGCAGCCAGGAACGCUGGAUGGAGUUCUUUUCGAUCUUGGAUGUUCCUCCAUGCAAUUUGAUGCUCCUGAAAGAGGUUUUUCCCUUCGGAAUGAUGGCCCUUUGGACAUGAGAAUGGAUGGUGGCAGGUACCCUGACAUGCCCACCGCAGCUGAUGUUGUGAACGCCUUAGAUCAACAGGCACUUGCAUCCAUCCUGAGAACAUACGGGGAGGAGAGGCAUGCCAAGAAAAUCGCUUCAGCAAUCGUUCAGGCACGCAGCAUCUACCCCAUCACCAGAACCCAGCAGCUUGCCAGCAUCGUCGCAGGUGCAUUUCCUCCCUCUGCUAUUUAUGCACGAAAAGACUUGCUACAACGAUCUACCCAUAUUGCUACCAAGACUUUCCAAGCUUUCCGCAUAUUUGUGAACAAUGAACUCAAUGAACUUUAUGCAGGACUGAAGACAGCUCAGAAGUUUCUGAGACCUGGUGGUCGUCUUGUUGCCCUCUCCUUCCAUUCACUAGAGGAUCGCAUUGUCAAACGAUUCUUGCUUGGGAUAAGCAUGACAGAAAGAUUUAAUCUAAGUGUAAGACAGAAGGUGACACAAACAUCACAGUUGGGUUCAGGGGAUGAAAACAAGGAUGGAGUCUCUCUAGCAAGGGCCCCUUUAAUGUGGGAAUUGAUACACAAGAAGGUACUUACCCCAGAAGAUCAGGAUGUACAGGAUAACCCCAGAGGGCGCUCGGCCAAACUUAGAGCAGCUAUCAAAUUAUGAGAAAGUCAUAAUCAUCUGAUCCUUGAAGUGUUCCCUCACAGUUUCUCACCUGAACAGGUUAACACAAGAAAUUAUGGGGAUAUAUAUUUAUAUAGGUAUGUGGUCAUAUGUGUGGACAUUGAGAAUUUUUAGCAUUUUUUUUCUCACAGAGAAAAUGUAGGUAAUAUUAAUAUGGCACAGAAAGUUCAACUCAAGGAGCAGCAGUAUCUCAAAACUGGACAAAUGGGUUUAUCUGGGCAUUAUUCAGGAAAAUGCAUCUUACCAGUUAUGGCUACAUAAUAUAAAUUGGUGAUUCCAAGUAAAUAAAAUAGCAAUAUAGUUACAUGUGCAAAAGAUAAGAAUUAAAUACUUAAGUUCGCUUUAGACUGACUUUAUCUACCUCUGUAAUAUGUAACUUUAGUUUCAAAGCUUGUUGAUCGUUUUUAUUCUAUAGGCUUUAUUCAAAUCUGAACAAUUCUUCAUUGAAAUCAGAAAUAGAAAAUAUUCUAGGGGACAAUGUGCUCAAGUUAGAAACAAACAAAUGCACCUAGAAAAAUGUAAGUUUCUUUUUUGCAUGAAGUCAUAUUUACUAAUGAGAGAGAUUCCCGAAGGUAAAUUCCCAUCCAAGUACCUGAUUAACAAAUAAAAGAUCACACUCUUA